ACAACGCCAUAUUGAGCGAAUGUUUUGCGUGAAGUUUAGGUUUUGUGUCUCACAUGAGCGCAAAAUUGUUUUGCUCAACGUAUUGAUUUGUGUGAUUUAGACUGUUUAAAUUUGGUUCAAAGAGUAAGAGAAUGAGCUGCUCGGACUCUAAGAAAUCGAAAAAAAGAAAGAGCAUUAAAAGUGGAAACAUGGGUGACGUUCUUGGUAAAGAAUGUGGACAAAGUGGAAAGGAGGAACUUAAGCAAAAUGAUCAGCCGGGAAAUGUCAGAGAGGAAGCGGACGGAGCACCAAGUGUGGACGAUAGUUCUACGGGACAGAGAAAUAAUGUUGAAGCGACUAAACGCAUCCCCGAACCAAAGAAUGGUCCUGUGCUUGAGAAUCUAUCACAUUCUCUUCAAAAAACUGAAUUUCAAAAGGAGGAGAAGCAAUGCACUUGUAAAACAUGCAAAGAUCGGAGAGAACAAGCAGCAGAUCAGUUGGAAGACAUGCGGCGCCUCCAAUCCCAUUGGUUGGAGUUGCGUCAGCAUAUUCGAAUGGUGUAUCGCAUGGUUAUGGAGGGAAACGUGACACAGACAUCAUCAGAAACUGAAGCUAAAAUGAAAGCCUUAGUUCACAAGUUGUGUACACGUGAUGCUCAUCAGUUGUUCCAAAGACUGGAAGCACAGGUGCAGGAAUUUGUUAUAGAAGCCAAAGUAAGGCAAUUGGAACUGCUUCAUAGGGAACAGCAAACCCCAGAGUUAGCAGAAAUAUUCAUUACAGGUCUGUUGGAAGGGUAUGAUAAACUGUGUGAUGCUGCCAAACAGUUGGGUCCAAUAUUGCAACAGUUGGAAAAGGAACACUUGCAGAAAUUCAGCUUGACUUGGGAAGUUCUAAACAAGCACCUCUACCAGAGCCUAGUGUAUACAGACCCUAUUGUCCAGGACAAUUUACCUAUUUACAUUGGUCAGUUGCGUAACAUGUUACCUGGAAAAAACGAAGCGUAUUCAGAUCUAGUGCAUCAUUAUCUUGCUUUUGAUGAUGAAAUGACCCUCAUAGGAGCUAUGUGGAGGGACACAGAAACAUUGGUUGAAGCUUACAACCAAGAGCAGGCAACAUUGAAGGCAAAGCAGAGGAUGCUGCGGGAAGACUGGGAACUCUUUAAAGCACAAAGAAAGCUUAUUCAGCAGAAAAUGUGGAACAAAACAGCAAGUGAGCUACGCGAAUUUGAUGAGCAUUUAUUGAGUUUGACUGGAGUGGGUUGCAGCGAUAGUGGAGUUGAUGAUGGUGGCAGCACGUUAUUGUGCCCAGGCUGUAGUGCAAGACGUGGUUGCACAUGUGAUGAUUGUGCCGUAGCCCACUUGCUAAACUGUAGUCAUUUUGUUUCACCAUCAGCCUCUCCUAUACCUUUUUAUAGCCAUCACAAGCCAGACCCAGCCCAUGAGUACAGGGCAGAGUGUGAAGGUAGUGAGCAACCACAGGACAGUGGAAGCACUGAGAUGAGCAGUGGCAGCGCAGUCAAUGGUGGGAAUAACUUUGGCGAUGGGGAGUUGGCUCCACAAACGUCAUCUCUUUCUCCAUCCCAGCAACAGAGCUGUGAGUGCCACGUUUGCACUGCACCACUCAUGUCGGCGAUGGACUUGAUGGAGAGUUAUGAGUGCCAUACAUGCCUCCAGCAGGGGCGCAGUGGGCCAUCAACUGGUCCAGUUUCUGGUACAGGGCAAGUGUCUGUGACUGCUGGUGUAUCUGCAUCAAAUGGUAUGGGCCUCCAUUCAACAACCACCUUUCAUCUGUAUCCACAUAUUCAUGGCACCGCUGCUAGUGGUGAUGGUGGUAGUCUUUAUCCCCACUUGUACAAUAUACAUCCUUCACUGUUGUCUCAGCUUGGUACCAAACACUCUCGUCUAGGUUUACAUUUGCAAGACCAGACUCAGCUGUCAUCAGAUGGAAAGGUGGGCUCACCCACAGCUCAGUCUCUGGCAGAUCUCAUACCUCGUGCACUUACACUUGAGACGUCUCCUCCUGUGGCUGAUGGAGAGGAGGAAACUAGUGGAACUGCAGAAAUCAUUCAGACAGACACUGCUUCAUCUUCUCGGAGUACUCCAGUUACUGCAAGAACACAUCAUAAACAUGAACCGUUAGCAUCCACUAAUGCUGGAAGUGCAGAACUUCGACCUUCCGUCCCCACUUCUCAACGUUUGAAGCCUGUUGUUACUCCUCCUGCAAUGCCACCACAGCAGUCGCAGUUGCCAGCAUCUACACCAGUUACAAAUAAGAAGACAUCUGGACGACAGUUGCGCUUGCGGCCAGCAGGAAAUGCUGCCACUGUUCGGCACAGCACAACACAGACUGCUAGUCCUCCAACAAGAAAUGGGCCUCAUAGUGCCAAGUUGUGUCCAGGUCAUGGUCAUCAAUCUCUACCUGACGUCGUUAAGUCAGCUGCUGUUACCACAUCUACUCAUCGUAGUUCAACCAAUUCAAAACUAGUGCCACAUGCCUGUCAUAAAACUGCAAAAAAUGUUGGGAAUGUUGAAUCGAUAAAAAGAGUAGCAUGUGCAGAAUAUACUGAUGGUGAUGUCCCGGAUGUGGAAGAUUCUUCUAGCCAGGAUGAUACAUGUUCAGAGCGCUCCAGUUCUACAACAACAUCAACUCAGAGAGAUUCCAGGCACUGUGACUGUUGCUACUGUGAAGUGUUUGGCCAUGGAAUGCCUUCAGUUGCACCAGUAAGCCGAAACUAUCAGGAAAUGAGGGAGCGAUUGCGUUUGCUGUUAACAAAAAAGAAGGCAAAACGCAAAGCUGGUGCAGCUGGACCUCCAACAACAGCAGCCACAAGCUCAGCAACACCAAGUGUACGGUCUGAAAAAUCACAGAGUGUAAGUUCAACAAGUGUAGGUGCACCUGCUUCCAAUGCCCCAACUUCCUCCAAGACACCCCACCAGCAACAACAGAAACCAGCUCAGCAGCAGCAGUCGCAGCAGCAGCAACAGCAACAAGUACAUCAACAGCAACAGUUGCAGCAGCAGCAGCAGCAGCAGCAGCAACAACAACAACAACACCAACAACAACAACAACAACAACACCAGCAGCAGCAGCAGCAGCAGCAGCAGCAGCAGCAGGAGUCACCACACACUCAGCAGAAUGUACAGCAACAGCAACAUCGUCAGCACCAUGAACCGCAGCAACCGGAACAAUUUCACCACCACCACCACCACCAUCACCCCCAGCACCACCACCACCACCAUCACCACCAUCAUCAUCAUCAACAGCAGCAGCAGCAGCAGCGUCAGCAGCAAGACGUGAAAGAUCCGCGUGAUCUUGAAGCUCUUCUCGAUUUCAUUGAGGGACGUUGUAAAGAUGCCAAGAAAGCUGCUAAAAAAGCCAGGCAAAAACAAAGAAAGCUAGAAGAAAAGGAAAGAAAGGACCAAGAAGAGGCCCAGAGGCUUAAACUCGAAGAAAUUCAGAACAAAACUCCAGAAGUGACUAUCACUGUUGUGAAUACACCUGGUAGUACAAAUGCCUCUUCAGAUGCAACAGAUUCUUCAUCUUUGAAACCAAAAAAAAAUUCUAAGAAGGCGGAUGUGGCUGCUUCUUCUGCUUCUCAGAAUAAGUCUGAUGGUAUAACAGCUGUCACACCAACGCAGCAAGGACCACAGAUGGUUACUAUCAAGAGAGUCAUGGAACCUAAUGGUGCAGAGCCUACUGUGACAAUCACGUUAAAGGGGGCGACACCUGAUAAAGACAAAGUACUUUUUACCUUGGUCAAUGGACAAGGUGACUACCUUUGCCAGUCGCAGGAGACUACACGGCAGACAAACCAAGAAAAUCUUGCACAGAACUCUAAAAAUAAGUCCAGUGUUAAUGGCAAGACUGCUUCCAGUAACAAUAAAACAGGUGGUACUAACAAUAAUGUUAAUAAAAAUUCGGCAAACAACAGCUUGAACAGUAAAAAUAGCACAGGCCAGAACAGCAAUAGCAAAAUCAGUGGUAACAGUGGCAACAGUAACAGCAACAGUACUAGCUCAAGUGGAAAGAAGAAGAAAAACAAAGGAAACGGUAACUCGAAUGGUACAAGUCGAAACAACACUUCUAGUAAUCGGGCUGCAGAUACAGUUUCUAAAAAUGUUCCAGACAAAACAUCUGGAAGUUCAUCUGAAAACACGUGUAAAAACACAUCUAAUAAAAAUAUUGCAUCUUCUGUCGCACUUAUUGCUGGUGAAAAUAGUUGUUCUGAUAGAUUUUCUUGGGAUAAUUGUUCUGUGGAUACUUCACCGACUGUGAACAUUUCUCGCACUGCAAGUAAGACUGUGAGGUCAGACCAGACUGUUUCAAAUUCAGCAACUAACAAUGACAAUGGAUCACAAUCCUUCAGUCUUGAAAACCUUAAGCUGCCACCUGGCAUUACUAUCACUAAGGUUGAUGGGCCAGUUAUUGCUAUUCAACGAAAGACUGGCCAGAAGAUGAGUGAAAAUGUUCCCAACUCUGUGGCUGGACAUUCACCACCAGCGACCUCUACAAUAGUUGCAGCUCCAUUAUCAGGAAAUGGAGCUGUUGGCCAUAACCGUCUCGGCACUUAUGGUCAAGGAGUCACAGGCUCCAAUGUUAUUGUUGUUGAUACAGGCCGUAUGAAAGAUGAUAUGGAAGUUAGCACCACCAUUGUUGGCAGCACAUCAUCAAAAGAAAAUGUUGGAGUUAUUACAGAAGGGAAGAAGAAAAAUAAGAAAAAGAACAAGAAUGGCAAUCAAGAUGGCAGUCUUAAUGUAAUCAACGGUUUUUCCAAUCUGAGUAACAGUGAGCACAGAGACAAGUUAGUACAGACAUGUAAUUCAACAUUGUCUCAACAAUUGACCACAGUUACAAGGAAUCAAACUCAGGUUACGACAAGCGGUCAGAAAUUGCUACGUCUGCAGCAGCAGCAACAACAGCAGCAACAAUCUGGAACUGUUCAGCCUGAUAUGGUAUCAUCAAGUCGUACAUCUCAGUCGGCAAUUAUCAAAGUAAGUGGGUCAACAGUUACAAUUAGAAGUCCUGCCCUCCAGCAAGCUAUUGCAGCAGGAAACAGAUUUCCACAACCUGUGCCGCAAACUAAUCAUCAAGAAUACCUUCCUGACAACAUUGGUGUGGAUGUAACCUCAAAAAAUGGAAUUGUGAAGCAUGUUAGUGGUAAGAAGGCAUCUGGGCCAGUUGCCAAUGGACAAAUUGGAGGCAUAUUAAGAGGGAAAGAAAACGUGCCAGCAUCAUGUAGAGCACUAAAUUGUGACAGCAUUCCCCAGCAUCGAAUAGCCAUCCGAAAUGAUUCAAAUAAUCGACAUGUUGUGCAGCAAAAUGGACUCCAGGAAAGUGCUGGAGGAGUAGGAACUAGUGCAUCGAGUUUCAAGCCACGGCCGCAGCAGCAGCAACAGCAGCAACAACAACAACAACAACAACCACCUAAGCAGCAGCAGGCACAGAUGAAAUCGCCUGUGUUAUCGGGGUUAACCGACCAGUCGGGAAAAGGAGUGCCUCAGAUGUCUCUUGCAAAUGGACAGCACGAACAUUUUCUCCAGCAAGUAUCCCCUGUAAUAUCAGGGUUCCAGGACUCACCAGCAACAAGUAUAUCAAAUGAUCCAAAGAGAAAAAAGAAGAAGAAGAAAGGAACAUUAGGUCAAGGACAAGCUGAUGAUUGGAAUCUAGUCGAGAGUGUUUUUGCACCGAAGGAUAUUGACCUUGAAAAUGGUGACAUUGAUGACGAUGAGAGAGAACUGGAAGCUUUCAAACGGUUCUGUUUCAAUUCUGUUCCACCAAAGCGUAAGGAGAAAGUCCAUCUAAAUAUAAAGGACAUAGUUUUGAAGAAAAAGUCAUCAGCUAUUGGCUGUAGUUGACUGUCUCGUAUUGUGAAAUAGUGAAACUAAAAAUUGAAUGUUUUUUGUUGUGACGUCACCAAUAAAUGGUAUCCAAAUUUUGUUUGAAAAGUAAUUUUGCUAAUGAUAGUAAUGUGUUCAUGAACAAUUCUGAAUGUAUACAUAUACUGCCAUGAGGUAUUGUAGGAUCAUUUUUGAACAGUAUUUAAUGAAACUAGAACUAUUAGAAGUAAUUUAUUUUCAGUCUAGCAGUUUUGCUUAGUAACGGCCAUCUGUAACUAUUUAAGACAGCAUUUAAUCGUGCAAUGUGUACUUAAAAUUGCUACAUUUGGCUCUGUGACAUGUUGAAGUAUUUUUUUUUUUUUUCCUUCAAAUAGCUGACUUUGAACAUAGUAAUGUGAAACAGAAGCAGAUAAUUUGUGCUAUACAAUGGUGCUUCCAUGAUAAAAGUUUAAUUUGCAUUUUUCACAGUUCAAAUUUGCCACAUUGAUUAGUGAUAUGUUACACUUCAGUCAUGGACAUAUGCUGUCAGUUUUGAAACUGACAAGUCUUAUAAAAAAAAAGGUGCUGUGUUGUAGCUCUCUCCACUGCCUACAUCUUAUUUGUCGACGGAAGAGCUGAAAACACCAAUAGGUUAACUUUUGAAUUAUAAGUGACUAAGAUUCUGUAAUUUUUUAAAACUGCCAUGAUCUUGUAUUUAUGUGUCCAUUUUUGGAUAUAUGCCGAAUGCUUGACUAUAUAGAUGAACAUUUUAUAACUCUAUGAUAAAGACUUUCUGAGAAUGAAAUGCUUGAAAUGCAAUAAGAGAUGUGUUCAUUCACUGCAAAUAUUUAUAAGAACUUCGAGAUAUAGAACUGUAAGAUCAUGCUAUGCAUGAUAUUGGAGCUUUAAAACUUGAAGCCUGAAAAAAAUUACUGAAAUAUAGAAGUGAAGUGCAUUUUUUCUUUGUUUUCUUCCCAGUAUGAACUGAAACCAAAAACUAUUUCCUUAUUCCACAUUUAUCCCAUUUGUCAAUUAUUGCUAUGUGAAAAUAUGUUUGUAACAUUUCUUCAUUUUUUAAUGUAGCACAUGUAGUGAAACCCAAACCAAGGGCAAGAGUAUCCUACUGGAAAAGGUGCAAGUGACAACUAUGAGUGUAAUGCAGAUAAUCGCAAUAAGCAAGAAUACCUUGAAGUAAUUGAUUACUAUAUAUUUAUAAAUGACAAAAAUCUCAGUUGUCAUGAAAUUUAGCCUGCACACUCUGUCCUUUGCCUAAUGCCCAUGGGAAACCAACCCAAAUAACCACAGGCUGUGCGGCUUGUCUGAAAAUUAAAUUUAUUCUUUUAGCUUCCUGCACGUCUAAGGUUACAUUGUACAUAUACAAACAAGAAGUCUGGGGUUUGGCUGUGUUACUGUGUAAGUUCCUGAAAUAAUCACCAGACUCUUACAUAUGUUGUUCAAAGAACUUUUUACCAGCUAAAGUUUGACUUGCUCUC